AUGGCAUCACAAGGGGGAGGAGAGAGACUCAAGAUCAACAUCAGCAAAAAGCUGAUGAUUCCUGUGAGCACCAUCAGCAAGAUCUCCAACAGGGGCUGGGAACCUCCCCCUAAGCAGACCCAAGAGGAAAGGCACAAGGAGUCCUGGGGGCAGAUCACUUCUGUGUACUUCAACACGCAGAAACAAUAAAAGUGGCUGCGCUUGAGUGAAGAUUACCUGAACGUGUACGCGCCCCUUCGGGCGCGCGGGGACGCUCCGCUGCCAAUGAUGGUCUGGUUCCCGGGAGGCGCCUGCUUUGUGGGCUCCGCAUCCAUGUACAACGGCUCGUGGCUGGUGGCCCAUAAGCAAGUGGUGUUUGUGAUGCCGCAAUACACUCUUGGCGUCCUUGGCUUCUUGAGCACGGGCGAUAAUCAGGCCCGUGGGAACUGGGCGCUGCUGGACCAGCUGGCGGCUCUGUUCUGGGUGCAGGAGAAGAAUAUCGAGGUCUUUGGCGGAGACUGGGAUUGCAUGACUCUGUUCGGCCAGUCCGCUGGAAGCAUGUGCAUCUCAGGAUUGAUGGUAUCACCCCUAGCUCAGGGUCUCUUCUAUCAGGCCAUUUCCCAGAAUAACAUCAUGGUAUUUAGAGUCUUCAUCACUCCUGGCCCACUGAGGGUGGCCAAGGUGGAAAAGGUUGCCCACCUGGCAGGCUACAGCCACAACAGCACACAGAUCCUGGUGAACUGCCUGAGGGCCCAAUAAGGGGCAGAGCAGAUGCAUGUGUCCAGGAAGAUGGGAUUCUUACACCUGAACUUCCAGCAGGACCCUCGAGAGGCUGUGAGGUUCCUGAGCCCAGUGGUGGAUGGUAUGGUAUUCCCAAACAACCCUGCGGUGCUCCUAGCCUGGGGGCAGAUUGUACCUGUGCCCUACCUUCUGGGUAUCAACAGCCUGGAGUUCAAUUGACUCUUGCCCUAUAUCAUGAAGAUCCCACUAAGCCAGUGCGUAAGGAGAAAAGACACCAUCACCAGACUGCUCUGGAGUACCAGCACCCUGUUGAACAUUACCAAGGGGCAGACACCACUGGUAGUGGAGGAGUACAUGAGUGGUAUGGAUAACUGGAACUGGAAGACACUGAACCAUAUAAUGAACGUAGCUGGGGACACAACCUUUGUGUAUCCCACGCUGCUGGCCACCCACUACCACCGUGAUGCUGGCCUCCCUGUCUACCUGUACGAGUUUGAGUACCACAGUGCUGGUGGCAUAAUUAUCAAACCCCACACUGAUGGGGCAGACCAUGGAGAUGAGAUCCACUUCCUCUUUGGGAGCUCCUUCUCCAAAGGCCGUUCCACAGAUGAGGAGAUGGCAGGCAGCCUCCAGAUGAUGAGAUACUGAGCCAAUGUUGCCUACACUGGAUGAGUCUGAAACCCCAAUUGUGGGAACCUGUCCUACUGGCCAUCCUGUGAGAAGGAUGAGAAGUACCUGCAGCUGGUUGUCACCAUGAGUGUAGGUGUAAAGCUUAAAGAGAAGAUGGACUUUUGGAUGAGGCUGCACCAGCAUUAAGGAGCCAAGGAGCAAAGGCAAUUCUGAGGGUGGCUAUGCAAGAGGACGCCCAAGGGUUUGUCCUACCACCCAGGCUUUGGGGAGCCAUGGACACAUCUGUGGACAAGGGUCCUACUCACCCUUGAUCUAGAACCUGCAGGGGUGCCCUACUCCAGGCCAGAGCCAGAGCCUUAGCCUUUUGUUUGGCUGCACCUUCCUUUCCAGCUUGACCUCCCAUGAUGCUCACCUACCUCACUGUCUCCGUCAGGUUGGACCAGGCCCUUUCCCUGUCACACUGUGCCCAGCACCCCAGCUUCAGGACAACCCCUUCCCUCCCUUCUCCAAAUCCUGUCCUUCAAGGUCUCCUUGCUGCCACUUCAUAUGGGAAGUCCCACCCAGACUGCCACUGCCCCUAUUAUUGCACUCAGUUUGUCAUUUACCAUCCAUCCUGCUCAGUCUCAUGCCUGCUGAUAUUGGCCUUGAGGCCUUGGGUAGAUUAUCUGUGACAUGGAGUAGAGCUUUGAUAGCUUGGCAUCUUCUCCUCCCCUAUCAUCUCCCCCAGGACUUAAAGCCUAGACACAGACUGGUCCUCAGUAAAGAUGUGGUGACUUUCUCCAUCUGUAAAAUGGUUAGGAGAAGUGGAUGGUAUCUUGAGUUAAGCCCUUGGAGGGAGGGAGUGGUGCUGCCUGCUUCUUUCUGGGCUGAGCCUGUUAAGCUAAGUCAAGAAGAGCUGCAGCAAAGCUACCUAGGCUGCCAAACACUUGGCUUUAUUCUUUUUUUUUUUUU